UAAUCUUUACUUCAUCACUACAAUCCUAAUCAAACUCACUACAUUUCUUUCGCUCUCUAUCCCUUGUACAAAAAAUGGCUUCCUCUACUAUGGCUCUCUCUUCUCCCUCCCUUGCUGGAAAGGCCAUAAAGCUAGGCCCAACCGCCUCCGAAAUCCUCGGUGAGGGAAGGGUCACCAUGAGGAAGACUGCCGGAAAGCCCAAGAAUGUUUCAUCAGGCAGCCCAUGGUACGGCCCAGACCGUGUUAAGUACUUGGGUCCAUUCUCUGGUGAGGCCCCAUCUUACCUCACUGGUGAAUUCCCCGGUGACUAUGGUUGGGACACUGCUGGUCUUUCCGCUGACCCUGAGACUUUUUCUAAGAACCGUGAGCUUGAGGUGAUCCACUGCCGAUGGGCUAUGUUGGGUGCUUUGGGUUGUGUUUUCCCAGAACUCUUGGCCCGUAAUGGUGUUAAGUUCGGUGAGGCUGUAUGGUUCAAGGCCGGUUCACAAAUCUUUAGCGAGGGCGGGCUUGACUACUUGGGUAACCCAAGUUUGGUCCAUGCCCAAAGUAUCCUUGCUAUAUGGGCUUGCCAAGUUAUCUUGAUGGGUGCGGUUGAGGGUUACCGUAUUGCUGGUGGACCUCUCGGUGAGGUGGUCGACCCACUUUACCCCGGUGGUAGCUUUGACCCAUUGGGCUUAGCUGAUGACCCUGAAGCUUUCGCUGAGUUGAAGGUAAAGGAGAUCAAGAAUGGUAGAUUGGCAAUGUUUUCAAUGUUCGGAUUCUUUGUUCAAGCUAUUGUUACAGGUAAGGGCCCAUUGGAGAACCUUGCCGACCACCUUGCUGACCCAGUUAACAACAAUGCUUGGUCUUUCGCAACUAACUUUGUCCCUGGAAAGUGUGGAAGAGACACUAAGUGUAUGGCGACAACUGGGGUAGACGGGAUACGAUUACAGUCCACUAUUACAUUACUCUUAAUCACUUACAAAAUGGCCUCCACCUCAAUGGCUCUCUCUUCUCCCUCCCUUGCUGGAAAGGCCAUAAAGCUCGGCCCAACCGCCUCCGAAAUCCUCAGUGAGGGAAGGGUCACCAUGAGGAAGACUGCCGGAAAGCCCAAGAAUGUUUCAUCAGGCAGCCCAUGGUACGGCCCAGACCGUGUUAAAUACUUGGGUCCAUUCUCUGGUGAAGCCCCAUCUUACCUCACUGGUGAAUUCCCCGGUGACUAUGGUUGGGACACUGCUGGUCUUUCCGCUGACCCUGAGACUUUUUCUAAGAACCGUGAGCUUGAGGUGAUCCACUGCCGAUGGGCCAUGUUGGGUGCUUUGGGUUGUGUUUUCCCAGAACUCUUGGCCCGUAACGGUGUUAAGUUCGGUGAGGCUGUAUGGUUCAAGGCCGGUUCACAAAUCUUUAGCGAGGGCGGGCUUGACUACUUGGGUAACCCAAGUUUGGUCCAUGCUCAAAGUAUCCUUGCUAUAUGGGCUUGCCAAGUUAUCUUGAUGGGUGCCGUUGAGGGUUAUCGUAUUGCCGGUGGACCUCUCGGUGAGGUGGUGGACCCACUUUACCCCGGAGGUAGCUUUGACCCAUUGGGCUUGGCUGAUGACCCUGAAGCUUUCGCUGAGUUGAAGGUCAAGGAGAUCAAGAAUGGUAGAUUGGCAAUGUUUUCAAUGUUCGGAUUCUUUGUUCAAGCUAUUGUUACAGGUAAGGGCCCAUUAGAGAACCUAGCCGACCAUCUUGCCGACCCAGUUAACAACAACGCUUGGUCUUUUGCCACUAACUUUGUUCCUGGCAAGUGAAGUGCCUCUUAGAACUUUUAGGGAAGAUUGGGAAAUUGUAUAACCUAUCCAAGUUGUUGAUGUUCUUUAAUGUAAAUUGUGCAAUGGAUGAAUAUAACUAGUUUAUGUGUACUAA